AUGAGUAGACAAGCUACUCGUAGCAAAAAAUGGCAUAAGGUUGACGAUGGUGAUAACACUCCUAGGAUACUGAGGUUAGACAGUAUCUUUCUUCUUUUUAUUAGUAACUAGUAAUUGUUUCAGGAUCCAUUAAUAUUUUUGUCUCUUUUAGGAGAAUUCAUCUAACUGGUGAGGUAACACAUAAUGACAUUUGCCAGCUCUAUGCAAUCAGCAGACCUCAUUGUCAGGGUUGCCGUGUAAAUUCCAAGGACUCCCCAAACUGCUUCUGCGGCCUAAUUCCAUCAUCUAGCGGAGCUAGAAAAAGUGGUUUGUGGCAAAAGUUAUCAGACCUUAUUUCUUCUCUUCUUGGUCCAGACCCAUGUGAGGAUCACCGCUCUCCCACAGAAAAACCUGCUGGACUGACUAAUGUUGGGGCAACCUGCUAUGCGAAUAGUAUACUUCAGUGUUUAUAUAUGAAUAUAUCUUUUAGAGCUGGCAUUUUCUCUAUUGAGUCAGAUCUCCUGAAGCAGCAUCCUGUGUUGGAUCAACUAGCACGUCUCUUUGCACUACUACAUUCCAGUGAAAAGGCUGUUAUUGACUCGUUCCCAUUUGUUAAGACAUUGGUGUUGGACGAGGGUGCUCAGCAAGAUAGUCAUGAGUUUCUCACUUUAUUUCUUUCUUUACUGGAGGGCUCCCUUAUCCAUUCAAAAGUUUCUAAAGCAAGAACUCUUAUCCAAGAUCUAUUUCGUGGCAGUGUGUCACAUGUGACGCGGUAAGAGAUUUUUUUAAGCGUCUCAUUUUAAUAAGCAAUACAGCUGCUUGGAAUCCAUGUGGGUUUUGAAAUUCUGAUUGCUUCCCUAUUUUUUCCUUGCAGCCAUUUGCCUUUGUGAAAUAUUUAUUUUCAUUAAUGGAAAAUCACUUUUAUUGUGAAGUGUAGUGAGGUUAUCUAUCCAUUUAUAUUUAUAUAAGUAAAGAAGCCCCGAAAUGACUUAAAUGGUACCAGAUGUGCUCUUCCUAGUCCAGUCAUCCGGGCAACUCCACUGUAUUGUGGUAGCUGCCUUCGUAAGGGAGAUACUUCAGGCAGUCUCAUCUCCUGAAAAUAACUACAAAAAUGCCUCCUAUUAUCAUACUGUAGCCCUUGGUUCAGUAUCUGGUUAGUAACUUUUGAAAAACUCUCAAAUCAGUGGCUUGAUGAGUAGGUAAAAAGAGCCCAUUAAACUUUUUUCACAAGAUCAUCCUAGACAGGCCCAUGAAAGUUGCUGAAUUUGGGAUAUGGACUUAUCAAUUGGCACAUGUGUUCUUGGAGGGUACUUGUACAUCCCCACUAUGGAUAAGAUAUGAGGAUCUCUGUUUCUAAAUGUAAGAGAGCAUCUGAUCGAUAGAUCUUUUAGCAAGAACAGUAAGGUUACUGUCGGGUGAGGGUGACAAAUUUCCCAGCUCUUUCUUUCUCAUCAGGAUUCAUAUAAAAAUUUGGUUUCAGUCCAUUUCUAUUGAGUUUCAACAUUACUUUUCUGGUGACAAUAAGGUUGCCUUUGUUUGGUUUAUCUUCAUGUUGGGGAAUAAUUGGUCUAUAACACUCUUUUUCAAGGUGCUCAUCAUGUGGAAAAGACUCUGAAGCUUCUUCAAAGAUGGAUGACUUCUAUGGACUUGAGUUGAACAUUAAGGGAUUGGAUAACUUAGAUGCGAGUUUGGAUGAUUACCUUAGUGUAGAAGAACUCUCUGGGGAAAAUCAAUAUUUCUGUCAGUCGUGUGGAAAACGAGUUGAUGCAACCCGCUGUAUUAAAUUGCAUGCGCUCCCUCCCAUUCUUACACUUCAGCUUAAGCGCUAUGACUUUCUAACUGAGGUGAGGCACUCAGUAUUAAGAGCCAUAAAGACUCUCUCUGCUUUAGUUAAUCAUGAUGUUUAUUAACUCAUUCUUUUUGUGCUAAUGUUUUUUGGAACGCACUUCCCUUUCAUCAGAUGACAAAAAAGAAGAAGAUUAAGUCAUCCUUCAGUUUUCCCAGCAAAUUAAAUAUGGGAAGACGAUUGGAUAACGUCUCUGAGCCGGAGCUGUUGUAUGAUCUUUCAGCUAUACUAAUUCACAAGGGUGCUACUGCCACUAGUGGGCAUUAUGUGGCACGUAUUAAGGAUGAAUACACUGGGCAGUGGUGGGAGUUCGAUGAUGAGACUAUCCUCAAGUUGGGUCAUCAACCUUUUGGGGAAGCAUCAUCAAAAUCGUCUGCCAAUGCACUGCAACCUGUGCAAUCUGAGAAGCUGCAACCUGCUUCUGACGGAGACCAUAGUUCUCUUUUCAGGCAUCAAGAGAUAUUUUCUCCGACUAAUGCCUAUAUGCUGAUAUAUAACUGCACAAUUGGCGAUAAAUAUGUAGCGAGAUCUGAUAAAAGUUUUGGGCCAGACACCAAAGAUGUUGAUAUGUUGGUUCCUGAUAAUAUUACUGCUCUUCCAACUCAUCUUUCUGAAGAGGUUGAACAUUUUAAUGCACCUUUUGUCAAGAAUUGUCUUGAAUACCAGUCAAAGAAGGAUAUGCUGGUUGCUCACAUAACUGAACGGCGACAAGAAGUUAAGGCAAUUCUUUCUGAAGCCUCUGUUCAUUUGGCUGAAGAACCAUUCUUCUGGGUUUCAGUUGAUUGGCUUCGCCAGUGGGCUGAUAAUAUUGACCUACCAUGGACUGGCAACACCAAUCUUCUGUGAGUAUCAGUUAUCCUACACAAAUGGCGUACAACAUGUUCUUUGACCGGUUAGCUCUCUAAAAUUCAAAAUACUUUCUUUACUUUGUUGUGUUGGACAGACAUGUUGACAACAGCAGCAUUCAGUGCUCACACGGAAAAGUUGCUGUUCAUAAAGUCAGCUGCAUGAAACGCAUUUCGAGUACUGCAUGGUCUAAACUACUUUCCAGGGUGAGAAGUAUUCCAAUGUUGUCUGGUGUACCCUUGCAUCAUUUUUAUCAAGAUACUGCCUCCUCUCUAUGAUAUGAUAUUUCUAUCAAAUCUAUUUCAUUUCCUAAGUUUAUUCUGAUCUAUUUCUCAGUUAUUUCAGAAGCCGUUGGUGUCAUACAUCACACAUGACCAAAAGAACAUGAAUCUGUAAAUUCUUCUAUCGUAUCCCCAUAUUUUAAAAUAAAACAUUCUAAUCACAAUGGGAAAAGGUUUCCCGCUUCUUCACUCAGCCUGACAAUCAUAUUCCCGUUUGGUGGAGGAAACACAAGUAUCAACAUAGUCUCUGCCCCAUUUAUUCACCCUCGAUCUUUCCUUUCAAACUCAAUGUGAAUAUUCAUGGUUUUCUCCCUGUCAUGUCUCAAAUUGUUGUAUGCAGUAAUAUCCAUUUCUCCUACCCUGCUGUUUUCUCAUGGCAUCUCCUAUCCUAUUUUGACUCGAGCUCCUCUAAAGAUUCCAGGCAAAUUCUACCAGGUGUGGAUGUCCAUUCGUUCCUCCAAUUUAGCAGUGUAGCAGAAAGAAUUAUCGCAUAAUAAUACCUCAUUUUCCAAUUUAACGGUUGCGUGGUUCCUAUCUAAAGCAGGCGGAUCUAUUUAGUGUGAGAGCAUUGGGGAUGCAAUGCCUGUGCCUCUGACCAUUGUCAAUUGCUAAUUACUCAUCCACCUGUUUAAAGUAAUCAUUUGUGAUGCAAUAAGAUUUUAAAAUGGUUUUCUCAUCUUCACUUUAUUCGUUUGAUACGUUUUGGACCCCGAAUUUUAUGCAUAUUCAUGCCUCAUUUUUGGACUGUCUCCUGUUUAAUUUCACUUGAUGUUUUCAAUGUUUCUCAUUUUCAGUAUGGAGGUCGCCCGAUUUUGAGCGGUGAUGACUACUGCAUUGAGUGCCUGAAGGAAGAAGCCCGGAAUUUUGUUUCAGCUGAUGAUUACCGAGAUCGAAGGGCUGCCAUGAAGCAAUUCGCAGAGGCGGCACUAGCUGGGAAGUGGACUGAUGGAAAAUUAUAUUAUGUGUCGAGAACAUGGUAUUAGUUAUUUUUUCUCGGGACUUUAUGUUAACUUUUGUAUUUUUUGUUAUCUGCACAUUUUUUGGUAUUUUUCUGGGUUAACCAUUGCCCAUCUUCUGCCAGUCCAUUCCCUGUUCGGAUUAUAUUCUUUUAUUCUGAUACUCAAGCAUGUAACCACGUGUUGGUAAUUGACACAUUUGUUUGAUCGAUAAAGAGUAUGGACCAUAAUUAAAAUAAUUGAUGUCAGAUGUGAAGACCAGGUGUAUGGGCUAAGCAGAUGUAUGCGAAAUGCACGCUGACUAUUCUCUCAACAAUUAAACAUAUUGCACCUUGUCAUAACAAUUGGAAAACUAGCAAUGGAAAAACAACUGGUUCUACGGAUUCUCCUCUAUUUUUGGGCAUGCAGUGACAAAUGCUGCCGUGGAGCCUCUAUUUUUAAAUUUUGAAAUGGUUAAAAUUGCUAUGAAUUCAUUUUCAUCGCAUAGUGAAAGAAAUGAAGUAACUCUAUCAUAUUUGAGUUUUGGUUUCCUCUUUAACCAUAUCUCCUCAUAGUGUCAGGGCCACAUUAAAAAAGUUGAUGAUCAAAAUCUCAAGUCCGACUUUAUUUUGUUAACAAUUGGGAAGAUAGUUUUAUGGAUAAACUAAGUAUAUAUUUAAUUAUUUAGUCUCUCAAUCAUUCGCGCUCCUUGUAGCAUGCAUCAACAUAAUGAUACAGUUUUUAUCAUUCCAAGAGACAAAACUAAUGAAUCGAUACACAAUGUAUGAUCUUGCUAUUUGUAUCCAUAUUUCUCGAUUUUUUGUUUUGUAUAUGGAAAUAUCUUUAUGUUUGCAAAACAUCAGGAUCUUCUCUAUUCACAUGAACAGGUUAUGCAUAGCUUCCAUCUUUACGUUCCAAAACAUAUUCUUAGCUAUUUCUUGUGUCGUGGUUAUUCUAAAUUUUUCAUUCCGGUAGGAAAAUCAUUAUUUUCUCUAAACCCAGAAAUUUCAUUCUAUCCAGAUGAUUUUGGUUCCUUUUUUUUCCGUGGUGUUUCCUUUUGAGCAUACUAUCACAUUAUUUUUUUUUUCUCUUUAGGUUGAAUCAUUGGUUGCGUAGAAAAAAUGUUGAUAACCGAUGUGAUGCUGAUGCUGGGCCUACAGCAUCUCUCAGAUGUUCCCAUGGUAACUUACUGCCAGAACAGGCUCCUGGUGCAAAGCGUGUCCAGGUUCCUGAGAGCCUCUGGCUGUUUCUUCUUGAAAGUGCUAAUGCUGCGAAAGCAGAUGAUUUAUUGGGCUGCCAAGUGUUCCAUUCUGAUUCGCAGCCUUGUAAAACUUGCUACGAGGAACUUUCGGAAGUUGCAUCCCUUACGGGUAGCCUUAGGUACACGAUAAUACUUCGUCUUCCUCUGUAAUGUGGUCUUGUAAACUUUUACGUUUUUGUUAACAUUGCAGAGAGUCAAAGCUUAAACAGCGGCAGAGUCAUGAAAGGUUAUUUUCUGGGAAAAUCAUUAACCUUUACCCUGGUGAUAAGUACUUCUUGGUGCCAUCAUUGUGGCUCACAAAAUGGAGAGCGUAUAUCACGACAACAGGGAAGAAUAGUUCUUCCGUUGAACCUGAAUGCUUGGAGGUCGUUGUCAAUUCACUAAAAUGCGAAAAGGUGACAUCAAAAUAUUUCCGAUUGAUUUUUUAACUUUCUACAACCCUGUUGUAUAUUGAAAAGAAUUUUUUUAGCAGAAAAAUCGAUUUGUAAGGUCUCCUUCCUACUGUCCAAGGGUUUUGUAAGAUAUCUUUCAUGAAGUGGGUGGCAUCAUGUAUGAUUGCACUGUCUCAAUUGCCCUAAAAAGGGUAUCUCAUAAAGAAUCAAUGAGGUAUGCCAACAUCCAAUGUGGAUAGAGAUACUCACCACUACAUCCUCAUGGAGUAAAAAAGCUGAUGUCCCUCCCCUUUGGAGAUGAUCUUAGUCCUUUCCUCAAACGUGAUUUAGACUGAUGAUCGUUUUUUGCUAGGUACUCUCAUCUGAAGAUUCACGUUACUUGAUGUGUCAUAAAGGAUUAUGUAACCUUGUGGUCAUUUUCGAGUAUCCAAUGCUAGUGCCAAGAUGAUCUAUAGAGCCUCGAUUUCUUCUUGAAGAUGACACUAUUGACUUUACUAUGAGGAAUCUUGGUAGUGACCAUGGAAAUGAAUAAUAUCUUGAAUAUAGGAAGUCUGCUAUUCUAGGUUUUCAAUGCUAAAAUUUUCAUUUUGAAGGGGUUUCCUGAUCCCCAUUUUUGAGGGAUAGUUUUGUGCCAAGCACCUGUUGCCGCAUAAUCAAAUCUCUUUGGGACAAUCGUAACCUCAACAGCUAUUGAAGGCUAAAACAAUUCUUCCGAGUCUCCAAUUUAGGACCUAUGCUUCGAAGAUUGUGGCAUUUUGGAUAUUUUCCUACUCUAACAUUGAUGCCUGCCAGAGUCACAUCCCUCGUGUUAUAAUACCACUGUAGUAUAAACCGUCUCUCUAUGUCCCUUGCUAUAUAUUUUCACUUGUUUUCUGCAAAACUUUUUUAGUCGUUUCUAAACACGACCAUCCUUUUGUCUGUGACCUCCGUACGCACUAAACAUUGGUUAUUUGUCCUGCUGUCUUUAUAUUUUUCCUUCAAUUAAGAUCAUCUACAAUAUAUUCCUCCAUUGCUGUACGGGAUGAGGGUAUCAAAUUUAAGUCUCAGCCUCUCUCCUAUUAUCUUUGGUACUCCAAAUAUGGGUAAAUUGGAGUUGGUAGAUUAGCCAGUGAUAACGUAGUAAGGUCUGGCUUUCCAUCGCAGUGAAGAAGCUUGUCUUUCCGUCCUGUCAACUCAGGCCUUUUUAGCCUGGAAUCUUAGCUCCAAAACUGCUAUGUUUCCUUGGCAAUAUUGUUGAUCUUUUUAUGUACCAGCAUGGACGACUGCUCGAAAGGCCUCUUGGGCUUGUUUGCAAGCGUGGUCUGCUCACACAAAAGUUGUCAAGUGUAAGUGAAUUUCCUCCUUGCCUUUUAAUUUUUUUCCCUUUUUGUUCCUAUUUUUAACGACUAUGUUGAUGAUUACCAGCAUUUCAGUUCAUGUUUACUAUUGCAUCUGCUAGAACUUUAAUCAGACCGGGAUAGGAUAUUUUCCUUGACAAGCCAACUAAUCUCCUACACAAUGGGUAUAAUGGGUCCUGGGAUGUGGCUCCUAACUCGCAUCCCCUUUCUUUCACGGUUCAACAGUUAAAAAGACCUUACUUUCAUUCUUCCUUCCGAACUCGUGUUCUCUUUGUCUUCUAUUCAUGCUUAUACUCUUGUUGUCACCAUCUUGUUUAUGUUUACUCAACCUGUGUAAUGUGUAAAACUUUCAAAUGAUACUGUUACUAAUGUAUAUUCCAAUUUCUAAUUAUCUUUAUAUAUUCAUUUUUUUCUUGUGUAAUAUUUCAGGCUGAUGGCUUAACGAUAAUUCCAGAGAGUGACUGGAAGCUUUUCUGUAUAGAAUGGAAAGCUAUUGAGGAGAAAGGCAUUUCUGCUGAAAUUGUUCGCCUCACAAAUAAAGUUGCUGGACAUUGUGAAGGGAUCCCAAUGUCAGAAGAGGAUUUAAAUUUGUCAAAUGAGGAAGUAUCUUGUGAGCUAGAGCCUAAGGAUCUUAUUAUCAAGUCUGAUCCAGACGUAAGACAAGGGAGAUGCAUAAUUUACAUGUUAACGUUUGCUAGUGUGAACUCACUAUUUUUUCCCUAUAAGGUUCACUAAGGCCCUCUGUGACAUGCUUUCAUCCUUCCAUUUUCUUUCAUUCCUCAAGUGAGUUCAUAUAAUACCGUGCAUUCAAAAGUUACUGCAAGUUUUAUGAUCAACACCCAUAGCCUUUCUGAGUUAUAGAAUGCCAUGGUUAGCUUAUUUAGCAUCUCCAUGUGUUUUCUAGAUUUGUGAAGACUGUAUUGGAGAAAGAGCUAGCUGUGAGCUGAUGCGCAAGCUGAACUAUUCCAAUGAGGAAAUUAGUGUGCACCUCAUUCGCGGCAGAGAAGUUCCAGUAUCACUUUUAGAAGCUUCUGUAAAUAUAUCUGAGCCAGAUCGUAGAACUUCCAAGCGUUCACGGAGAACAUCAUCCGGUAAAAUUUGUAAUUUCAGAGUAUCAGGCUCAACAUCAGUGUAUCAGGUGAAGAUGAUGAUUUGGGAGUGCUUCGGGGUAUGAAUAUGUCACUGAAAUAUGAUUUACAUUUUUUUUGUGCAGAGUUAGCAGUAGAAGUUAGUUUUUUUAUGUUACUAAUCUACUAUUAUUUUGACAUUUUUGCCAGCUCUACCUAAUCAGGAAAGAACGUUUUUAAAAUAAUGCUUACAGACAUUUAUGUUCUUUUCGAACUUUCUUGUUGGUGUCUCCUUUUGGCCAUUUAUCCUCCAUAAUUUUUUAGUUGUAUACCAUCCCCACUUAAAAAUUUGCCGAUUUUUUUAGGAAUUCUGCAACCUGCAUAGUAUGUUUCCCAAACAGAAGAAGAAAAGGAUAUCUAAUUGAGGGUGUAAUCUUCAGUUUUUAGUGUCAGUGUAACCUUCUGCAUAGUACUGAUUAUGGCGUUUUUAUGUGUCAAAAUGCUAUAAAUUCAUGUUAUUGAAACGUGCAACAGGUAGUGAAGGAAAACCAGAAGCUUCACAAAGGUUUUAUGGAAAUUGAAGGUGACUCUGCUACUCUAGCUGACAAGAAUAUUUUUCCUGGAGAUGUUCUGCGGGUCACUGACUCCGAGAUUCAUGAGAACCGCGACAUAGCUGGUAUGAAAGAACCACUGAGUAACAACCCUUUUCGAGACCAUUGAUCGAUCCGUGUGUAAAAUGUCCAUUUCUUUGCUACUUCUAGAUGAGCUUUCGGAGCAGAAUUUUGGGUCACAUCAAGCCGAAGAAGGUUUUCGUGGGUCCCUUUUGCUGUCGGAUGUUUCCAUUCAGGUAUUGUUAGUGAUAUAA